GAUCUGGGCCCCGGACAGUUGCCCGUUGGAGUACCAGCCUUGCCUAGCACGUCUGUUUUCGGGUGGUUCUGACCAGCAGCUUCAUUAUCUGUUAAACAAGCGCAUGGGAAGCAUCACAAAAAGCUCUCCCUGGAGCCCUGUGCGGUGUUGCUACAGGGGGUAAUGAAAUUAUCUUUUCAUAUUAACGUUAAUAGUUAAAGAAUGGACUCUAAUAAGGUGGCGGAACUUCUCCCGGUUUAAAACGUUGCAUAGCUCGAUAAUGACAAUAGAAGGACCGAGUGAAGCAGAAAUGUUAAACACUUGUAAAGAGGCUUCAGAGUGUUGACAGCUCCAGGGUUGCCCGUGCAAGGGCACCAAGACUGACGAGGAAACCCCGAGGAUCAGGGCCUCCUGUCCGGAUGACACCGGCAGGAGCCAGCAACACUGCUCUCCUUAGCUAGCAUUAGCUAAGCUAACAAAUGUCUUCCCUAAAUUGGAAAUAACUUGGACUAAAUGGAUAACUUAAUUCAGACAACGUAGGUGUGUGGGAGUUGUUAAGGAGUCUGCUGUCACCGAAUGGACGGACAACAUCCUCUCUAGGACUGGGUGACUGCGAGAGGUUCUCCAGGCAUGAUGGAAGGACUUCACAGCCAGGCUAUAAGCCUGGACCCACGGAGGCAGGAACUGCUUGAGGCUCGCUUCACUGGAGUUGGUGUGCCCAAGAGUUCAGCCAACAGUGAAUCAUCCAACCAGUCUCUGUGCAGUGCGGGAUCACUCAGUGACAAGGAACUGGAGACACCAGAGAAGAAGUCCAAUGACCAGAGAAGCAGGAAAAGAAAAGGAGACAUCUAUGACAGCAACAGCCAGGGAAAAGGGAGAGGGCACAAAAUGAGUGAUUAUUUUGAGUUUGCUGGCAGCAGUGGCUCUGGCACAAGUCCAGCCCGGGGCAUCCCCAUGCUGGUGCGCUCCUUUCCACAGCACUCAUUGUCUAAUCUUCUGCAAGGCAGUCCUUUGUCCAUAGGCUCAGCCCUCACAGACUCUUCAUCUUGCAGCUCUGUGAAGACAGCCCCCACACACUCCUGCUCACACAAAGCCAUCCAGUCACAACUGACACUGCUAAAACUGACAGCACUGGAGAAGGACAAGAACUCUGACCUGGAGAAAAAAGAGGGAAGGAUAGACGACCUGCUGAGGGCUAACUGUGACUUGAGGCGGCAGGUAGAUGAGCAGCAGAAGAUGCUGGAGCGCUACAAGGAACGGCUUAACAAGUGUGUGACAAUGAGCAAGAAGCUCCUAAUAGAGAAGUCAAAGCAAGAGAAGAUGGCUUGCAGAGACAAGAGCAUGCAGGACCGUCUGCGUCUGGGCCACUUCACCACCGUACGGCAUGGAGCCACCUUCACCGAGCAGUGGACCGAUGGAUAUGCCUUCCAGAACCUUAUCAAGCAGCAAGAACGAGUCAACUCGCAGCGGGAGGACAUUGAGAGGCAGAGGAAGCUGCUGGGAAAGAGGAAGCCUCCCUCUAUGGCCCAGACACCUCCACCCAGCCUCGAACAGAACAAACGAAGGAGCAGGAGCAACGGCCAGGAGAGUGAAGCUUUGUCAAUGGCAGAAUAUCAUGAGCAAGAGGAGAUUUUUAAACUUCGAAUUGGUCAUCUAAAAAAGGAAGAAGCAGAGAUCCAGGCUGAGCUGGAGCUUUUGGAGCGAGUGAGAAACCUUCACAUUCGGGAGCUGAAGAGAAUCCAUAACGAGGACAACUCGCAAUUUAAAGACCACCCCACGCUGAACGACCGAUAUCUGCUAUUACAUUUACUUGGAAGAGGUGGCUUUAGUGAAGUUUUCAAGGCUUUUGAUUUGACAGAGCAAAGGUAUGUGGCCAUUAAAAUCCAUCAACUCAACAAGAACUGGAGGGAGGAGAAAAAGCAAAACUACCACAAACACUCCUGUAGAGAGUACAGAAUCCACAAAGAACUUGACCACCCUAGAAUAGUCAAACUCUACGACUAUUUCUCACUCGACACAGACUCAUUCUGCACAGUGCUGGAGUACUGUGAAGGCAAUGAUCUGGACUUCUACUUGAAGCAGAAUAAGCUGAUGACUGAGAAGGAGGGCCGCUCUAUCGUCAUGCAAAUCGUCAACGCCCUCAAAUACCUCAACCAGAUUCGCCCAUCCAUCAUCCACUACGACCUCAAGCCUGGAAACAUCCUGUUGGUUAAUGGCACAGCUUGUGGAGAGAUUAAGAUCACUGACUUUGGCCUGUCUAAGAUCAUGGAUGAUGAAAGCGUCAACUCUGCAGAUGGCAUAGAGCUGACCUCACAAGGAGCAGGGACCUACUGGUACUUGCCUCCUGAGUGCUUUGUGGUGGGCAAGGAGCCCCCCAAAAUAUCCAACAAGGUAGAUGUUUGGUCAGUAGGGGUCAUCUUCUACCAGAGCUUAUAUGGACGCAAGCCGUUUGGUCACAACCAGUCGCAGCAGGAUAUUCUUCAAGAAAAUACCAUAUUGAAAGCCACUGAGGUGCAGUUCCCCCCCAAACCUGUGGUUACUGCAGAAGCAAAGUCCUUUAUUCGACGUUGCCUGGCUUAUCACAAGGAGGACCGUGUCGAUGUGCUGCAGUUGGCCAGCGACCCCUUCCUAAUGCCCCAUAAUCGAAAGGCUCUGGCAGGCAGCACACCUCAGGCACCUCCUCUUCCCUCCACCUCCAGCUGCUACGGCAGCAGUGCCUCCAACUGAAGCAAGAUGAAAGAAACUGGAAUAAAACCCUUGAGGACAAAGCCACGCGGAGACAUUACACACUUGAUGAACCUUCUCAUUUGCACGCUUGAUUGGGAAAGAGCCAAGAGCAUGGUGGGAUGUAGGGAUCCUGAAAGUGUGAAUGGAACCAAAAUUAUGGAUGAUGUGGUGAUGUAGUUGUAAGUGUGCCCACCCACCACCAUUAUCCAAGUGCUAAAAAUGGAGGGCCAGUCUGUGCGUGUCCAAAGAUUUGCCCAAAUGCAUGCACUAACACAAAAACGUUUGCUCAAUUCAAGGGGCUUUUUUACACAAUAAAUAGUAAAAGCACCCGAAAGAUUGCACAACUGACAGGCUGAAAAGUAAUCCAUGUGUGAAAGAUCACCUGCCUGUUCACUUUGAAAGGUUUAGAAGAAGCAUUAAUGAAAUGUCAUCCCAUUCUGCUUGAAAUGUAUCAUUGGUCAAAAUAUUUUUCAUAAGUAGAGUGGUCAGUUUCAAAUCUGUGGGUUUGAACCUGAGUCUUUCAAGAAGGGCUGAAUAAGGGAGUCUGCCUUGUUGACACCAUUAGAGGGUCAUACAUGACUUGACACAGAAAUGAGAUGAUUCUGGAAAGAUUAACUGGUUUUGACCCAUUUUAAAUAUUUAAAUGGAUAACUGAAAGUCAGCUUAUUAUUUUAAUAGUUGAGUCCAUAUUUUUCAAUGAAAUCUACCCCCUGUAAUGGUUGUGUUAACCUUAUGGGCAGGCUGACUGAGUGAGUGUUGUGAUGAGAGUUAAGAUUCAACAGAAAUAAUUAUGAAACCAUUAAAAAACAUUUGGUUUACA